AUGUCUGAUCUAAGAGUAAUGUUUGCUCAUCUCAGUUUAUUUGAUGAUGGAAGUCUGUUAGCAGAGUUGCAAGUUAAGAGUGGCAGUACGUCUGAUAUUGGGCUGAAUAAUAAUGGGGUUUUGUGUUUUCGAGGACAGGAUCGUCUUAAGGUAGCUUCUAAUAGACAAAAGUCUUAUGCGGACCUAAAAAAGAGAAAUAUCGAGUAUUCUGCGAGUGACUUCAAGUUUCUUAAGGUAUCUCCAUGGAAGAAAGUUUUGUGGUUCAGAUGUAAGGGUAAGUUGAGCCCUAGGUUCAUUGGGCCAUAUCAGAUUCUAAAGCAUUUGGGACCAGUCACUUAUCAGUUAGAGCUACCUCUAAAGUUAGACCAUAUCCAUGAUGCGUUUCACGUUUCUAUCUUGAGGCGGUACCAGUCAGAUCCAUCUCACGUUGUUUCGAUUGAGGAGAUCGAGGUUAGAUCAAACUUGACAUAUGAAGAGGAGUCAAUUCAAAUUUUGGAUCGAGACAUAAAGAUUCUGAGGAGGAAGUCUAUUCCUUUAGUUAAAGUUUUGUGGCAGAAUCAUGGUGCUGAGGAAGCCACAUGGGAACUAGAGAACUCGAUACGUCACCAGUAUCCUCAUCUAUUCAGAUUAGGUAAAUUUCGAGGCCGAAUUUUCUUUUAG